UUCCCACCGGCCCCAUGAGCUGCAGCGGCUCCGGCGCGGACCCCGAGGUGGCGCCGGCCUGUGCCGCCUCGGUCGCGGGUCCGGCGCCCCCGGUGUCGGCUCCCGCUGCGCUGCCCACUAGCACGGCCGCGGAGAGCAAAGCCAGCCCCGCGGGGACAGCAGGGGGCCCCGGGGCUGGAGUCGCCACUGCGGGCACGGGCCCCGUGGCAGCACGGGCAGGGGAGCCGGCAGAGCGGCGCGGGCCAGCUUCGGUGGCAGCGGGCGGCGCGGCUCCCCCUGAGGGGGCAAUGUCUAACGGGGUUUACGCCCUACCGAGCGCGGCCAACGGAGAAGUGAAGCCCGUAGUGUCCAGCACACCUCUAGUGGACUUCUUGAUGCAAUUGGAGGAUUACACACCUACGAUCCCGGAUGCUGUGACUGGUUACUACCUGAACCGUGCUGGCUUUGAAGCUUCAGACCCACGCAUAAUUCGGCUCAUCUCACUAGCUGCCCAGAAAUUCAUCUCAGAUAUUGCCAAUGAUGCCCUACAACACUGCAAAAUGAAGGGUACAGCCUCUGGCAGCUCCCGGAGCAAGAGCAAGGACCGCAAGUACACCCUAACCAUGGAGGACUUGACCCCUGCCCUCAGCGAGUAUGGCAUCAAUGUGAAGAAGCCGCACUACUUCACCUGAGCCACCCAACCCAGAUGUAUUUGUCUUUCCUUCUGUCUGCACAGGAGCCUGUUUUCAUAAUAAACUUUAUUGUGACAGGCGGGGCUGAUCCCUCCCAUGUUGGGAGACAUCCUGUGGCAAGUGACAAAGCUCUGAGCCCAGCCCCUUUUGGGGCUACAGUGGUAGGGAUGGGAGCAGGGAACAAGCCCCAUAACUGGGGUAGUACCAUGAUUAGAGACAGGGGAGGCAACCAAAGGCCUUUAGCUUAGGGGAAGUACACUCCCCACGCCAUGUUUUGACACUUCUUUAGUUUGGACAAGGACCUUCAAGUCCUACUUGUCCUGCAUCUUCUCCAAGAUAGGCACAAUCAUGUCAAACUUGGGUCGCUUUGCAGGGUCUUCAUUCAUGCAAAUCUUCAUGAGCUUACACACAUGGGGGGAAAUGCCUGGUGGGAUGGUAGGCCGAAGGCCUUCCAGUGCCACCUGCAAAUUGUAAGGAACAAGGUGAGCUUCAGAAUUUGAGUUUAUCAUAUGUGCAAAAGCCUUUGACCCUUGAGUGGUAAGAUUACUAGUUAUCUGUAUAAACUGCGGGAAGAGUUUACCAUAGUGACUGUCAGCACCACCACCCCUAUACAAGUAUCUACAGAUCUAUGCUCACCUUCAUUCCAAUUUCCAUAUUAGAGAGGUCAGCAAAGGGCACCUCUCGUGUUACCAGUUCCCACAGAAGCACUGCAAAACUCCACAUAUCAGCCGAGCGUCUGUUUGUGUCUUCAGGCUUCUUUUGCAGGGCUAGAAGGAAUAAGGUUUAUUACUCCAGCUGCCUAGCCUGUCUAGUCUGUGCCUCUUUUACUGUUACUGAGCUGGUUCUUCUCAAUUUCCCAUAUGAUGCCUUUACCUACCUUCAGGGGCCACCCAGGCAGGCGCAUACAUGCGCCCAGGGCACUGGAAAGAAAACUUAACAUCAGCCAUGCUGAUUCGGGCAGUCAUGUCUUCAUCGAUCUGAGGAAGAAAAGUUGAAUUCAAAAAGGUGGGUUAUAUUCUAGACCAGCAAAAGGGCUUUGGGGACCAGAAGUAAACUGUGGUCUCACCAUUACACUGCGGCUAUUGAGUGCGUGCCGAGGUAUGAGAGGCUCUAGUGUGUGAAGAAAAGCCAUGCCUCUUGCCAUGUCCAAAGCAAACUUCACAGCUUGGCUCUGGUCCACAACAAAAUCUAACAGGAAGCAAGAAUCAUUAGUUUAUAGUCUCCAGGCCCUAUUCUAGUCCCUCCCCAACAAGACCAACAUCCUUACUGGUGCCUUCGUGUAGAACGUUGUAGAGAGACCCAUACGGCAUCCAGUGUGUGAUGAGGGUUGGGUGGGGAGCUGGGGGAGCCUGGCAAGCACCUAGUACUGGCAGCACAUUUGGAUGUGAGAAAAUCCUGGGAGAGGAAAAGAGUGGUGAGACCCAACAGCGUUUCACUUUUCAGUACUAUUUGGGGUUCCUUGGAAACAACAGCUUCCAAUUCAGGUGACCCACCUGAGCCUGGGACAUUCCUCAUUGAAGUCCCUGCUUUUCCUUGUACUCCAGUCUCGAACCUUCAGCACCUUCACAACAAUAUCAUUGCCCUGCCAGCGGCCUUUCCAUAGCUGAAGGACAGAGGUUAGGAAGCAUUAGCUCAGGCUGUACCAUUUCUUUUCUACUAAUUUGAAGAAAACCUUAAUUAGGGAUACAGAGUGGGCAGUUUGUGGGUGUUAGGGAGAAAAAAAAAAAAGAGUGGGGAAUCACCUCUCCAGAGUGAUUCUCGUUGAGCUUUGCCAAAAAGUUGAGCUGUUUGAAGUCAAUACCGGAGUGUUUGUUCAGGGUCCCAUUUCCUGAGAAUAUGAGCAGUUCAGGUACUCACCUUCACUUUAACAUGACCCCAAUAGCCCAGGAAUCUUGUGUUGCGGCCCCUCCCCUCCACAGUAGUGACUCACGGGGCCUUGUGCGAGUGGUCCCCUUCCAGAAUGUGUCCUUGUAUGGAAUACGGUUGAGAUUCUGGCCCAUCUUCUCUGCCCGCUCUAGAGAAGAAGAAUGGUCUUAGCCUUAAUUGUGCUAUGAAGGGAGGAGAUGCAAGGUGGGACAAGAGGCAAGCUGGGGUAGAUAAUGAACCUCGGAGAAGCUCUCUGAGGGGUGCCUUGGCUUUGUCCACAGGCAUCUCUCCAUACUUGUUGCAGAUGCUCACAAGAGCCCCGUUAGCCACCAGGUCCUGAAAAGAAAAUUGUUCAGGGGGCCAGUCACAAACAAGCAUGAACACACAGAUGCAGUACACGAUUCUGUAAAUGUCACACAGUAGGACUGAGAAUGGAUUGAUGGUUCCAUGAUCAGUUUGCUUCCCACUCAUCAUAGGACUUGGGGUCUGAGUACUUACCUCUGCCACCUGGUCUUGGCCCCAGAAACACGCAUAGUGAAGGGGCACAUUGCCAUGCUCAUUCACUGCAUUGAUGUCAGCCUUGUAUUGCAACAGCUGCGCCCCAUGGCCAAGAAAAGAAAAAAGGCAGUCAGUCCCUCUGAAAUACUUGUGUCCAGAAAGAAAAGAACACAAAGGAAGAAUAGCAUACAUUCUUCACAUGACAGUGCCUGUUACUGGCUUCAUAGUGUGUAUGUGAGAUGUGGGUGUUGAAAGGUUUGCAAGUACCUUCUGUACAAUGUCACGGUGUCCAUGACUAGCUGCCAGAUGCAGGGGGGUAUCAUCCCCACGGUUCAUCACAUUGAUCCGUGCUCCCCGCAUGAUCAGCAUUUCAACCACUGCAGAGCGGCCUUCUCGGCAGGCCCAGUGUAAGGGGGAGAAGCCAUGAUCAUCCCUUUGAGAAAAGGACAUAGACACUAAGCUGGAGUUGGGAAGGACAAAAGCGUUGACUCAUGGGGGAAAAGAUUCUAUAGUCACUGAGAAGGCUUGCCUCUUUAGGACUUAGCUCCUACUCAUGUUGCCAAUUCCUAAAGUUCAGAUUUUCCCUUGAGCUGCACACCCAAUCACCUAGAUGUCCCAGCAACUGUAAGGGUUAUCACUUUAACCAUAACUCUUUCCCUAGCAGUACUCUGUUAGGUGAUAGUACUACUCUUCCUGGGUCCUCUGGCUUCCCUACCUCUUUGUCUUCCUGUUUGGUAGUGCUAAGAACCAUACCCAGGACCUCAUAUACUUGACACAUGCUAUACCACUAGGCUUUAUCUCCAGUCAUACAUCUUUAAUAACACCUAUAAUCCUUUGUUUGCAUUGCUUUUUGUGCUUUAUUUCCUUACUGUAGAGUUACACUGACUGGAUUGUAAGAACCUGUUAAUGUGAGCUGUCUUGCCUGUUGAGUCAUAUAUGCUUGAGGAUGGGCUGAAAGCUGAUGUUCUAUGCAGGUUGAUAGGGGAGAAAGCAUACUAGAGAAGACAGGCUAUAACUUAGGAGAGGAGACGAGCUUACUUUUGGCUCUGUUAUUGAAACUAACAUCUAAAAAUGGAAUGGAAUUAAAAUGUUUUGGAGGGGUACAAUGACAAACAUGCUUUUGAUUACUGAUGAGGCAGAUAACCACACAAACCAGAAUGUUCCUAUUUACCAACCCAAAAUUCACAGAGAAAAAUGCAAAUGGAAGCUUUUGAAUAAAAACUGUAUCUGAUUUAUAUUUUCA